AUGGUCGCGGAAGACGCCCCGCCCGCGGUGGAGACGGAGGAGUCACCCGCCCCCGCGGAGGGUGCUCCAGCCGCGGAUGAUCCCCCGCCGUCCCCGCCCGUCGAGGCGGAGGAAACCCCCGCCCCCAACCCGGACGAUGAUGCCCCCGCCCCGUCGGGGGAUUCCCGCGUCGACGGAGGCGUCGUCGCGCGAGGACCCCGGACCGAGUCGCACCACGACGCCGGCGCGGGCGCCGAGGACCUCGUCGACUGCACCUUCGUCGUCCUCCCCGAGCGCUUCGAGCACUCCGCGACGAUCCCCGCCACCGAGCCGUUCGCGUCGGUGAAGUCCAUGCUCGCGUCCGCGCUUCCAAUCCCACUCGACGCCGUGAUGACCUUGCGACAGCCCGACGGCGGCGAGCCGCUCCCGGACGACGCGUGCCUCGCGGACUACGGCGUCGGUGCCGCGGACGAGGUCGACCUGGAGCUGGUCGUGGCGUACCGGACCGAGCGGGAGAUGCGGGCGGAGGCGGAGGAGAACGCCAGGCGGGAGGCUGAAGAUUUCGCUCGUUUAGAGGAGCAAGCCGCGGCGGCGGCGGCGGCGGAGGCGGCACAGCUGGCGGAGGAGUCCAGACUCGCGAACACGGACGCGCCGAGCUCGCUGCCGGAGACUCUGCGGGUCACGGUGAGGGGCGCACGGCGAGGCGAACCGUCGCGCGUGGUGACGGUUCGUAUCGACGCGAGCGGUUGCGUCAAGCCGCGAUACCUCGGCGGUUUUCGCGAUCGGCGCGACGGUACCGUGUACCACCACGCCAGCAACCAGACGAUCCCGACGAAACCCCGCGUGUGGAAGACCAAGUUCACCACCGAGACGCAGACGGCGCAGGGCAGGUCCAGGCUGGCGCAGACCACAGCGCAGGCGUCCACGCAGAUGGCGAGGAAGGAUCUCGUCAUGGACGAGUCGCGGGACGUCGAGGUUUGGACUGGGAAGUACAUGACGUAUGACGAGGUCAUGGUCAUCAAGGCGAGGCACACCCUGACGCUGCAGAAAUACUUCCGGGGUAUGCGGGCGAGGCGGCUGGCGAACGAGCUCAGGGCCAUUCGCGACGACGCCGUUCGCCGCGCGGAGGAGGAGGAGGCGGCGCGGGCGGCGGCGGAGGAGCGAAGGAGGAGGUUCGAGAUUGAGCGCCGGAUCAGGCCCAAAACCUCGGAAGAUUUCGAGCUCCUCUACGACGAGCUGGAGCAGUGGCGCGUGCGGGAGACGGCCAAGGUGGAGGCUGAGUUUCCCCCCGAGACGGACGCGCGGCGCCUGGCGAUGAGCCAGCUGCUCGCCAAGGAGACGGAGCUCAUCCGAACCAUCGGCAGGCUCCGAAUAGCCGCCAACAACGCCAACAGGGAACGGAGGGUGGAGCGCGCGCUCGAGGACAUGUCGCAGACGAAGCGGUGGGAGCGCAAGGACGGCUCGCUCGUCGAGGUGGACACGCCGUUCACGGUGCGGGCCAGGGAACUGGCUCGUCUAUACGACGCGCUGCGGCUGGAGACGAGGCGCGACGUGUCGACGGAUGAGCGCCUGGACGUGUUGGUGCACGUCAAGUGGACGGUGAAGGAAUUCGACUGCGGGUUAACUCGCGAGAUCGUGGAGCUGGCGGACCGCGAGGCGGAUCUGCUGAACCGCGGGCGCGAUCCGGCGGCGAUGACGGGGCUUCGCAGGCGCAUCGCGAAUCUGUUUUUGCAGUUUGUCGAGACGCCGGAGUUUAACCCGGAGAGCGCGAGACGGACGACGGACUGA